AUGUAUGAGAAAGUUGUAAAGGAGAGAGGUCUCGUGGAUUUCAUUGGAAAAACUGCCUCAGAGCUUCAUCCAUGUAUCAACUUUCGGAACAUAAUCGUCGAAGACACCGGUUUCGAUUGCGUUGGACGGACCGCAUAUGACAUAUGCCGUAUGUGUUUGGUGUGUAUACGGUUUUGCUUUUCUGAGGGCGAAUGUCCUCUGAAAGCGGAUGUUGCUUGA